AUGGUGAACGUGGAUUUUAGUGUUACUGGUACCAGGGAAAAUUUGUUGUUUGAUGAAUAUCAUAAAUUAAAGCUGAUUGACUUUGGUCUCUGUGCGAAACUCAAGGACAACAAGGAUUACCAUCUACAGACCUGCUGUGGGAGUCUUGCUUAUGCAGCACCCGAAUUAAUACAAGGCAAAUCGUAUCUGGGCUCAGAGGCAGAUGUUUGGAGCAUGGGCAUACUCUUAUAUGUACUUACGUGUGUCUUUCUACCAUUUGAUGAUGAUAAUGUCAUGGUUUUUCCAAGAUUAUGUACCUUCAGCGUGAUGAUGAUUGUGCAGCAUCCACGGCCCCAUCGCGAGGGCUCCUCGGGUUGUGCUAAACGCAGACAUAACCUGAGGUCAAAGAAUCUGAGUCUAGAAGAUGUCACCACAGGUGAUGAAAAUGAUGUGGCUGGAUUAAUAGACCAGGAAUGGUGUGUAGACAAUUCAUCAACAGGUGUGGCUACUCCCCAAACACCACAGUUUGCCAAGCAUAGGACAGACUCAAAUGGUCUGGAGACUAAAUCAUUAACUCCAGUGUUAGGCGGAGCAUCUGCCAAUAAAUUAAAGAACAAAGAGAAUGUAUAUACUCCUAAUUCUGCUGUAAAGAAUGAAGAGUGCUUUGUAUGUCCUGAGCCAAAGACUUCAGUUAAUAAGAACCAGCAUAAAAGAGAAAUACUCGCUACACCAAAUUGUUACUCUAUACCCUCAAAAGCUAGAAACCAGUGCCUGAAGGAAACUCCAAUUAAAAUUCCAGUAAAUUCAGCAGGAACAGAGAGGUUAAUGACAGGUGUCAUUAGCCCUGAGAGGCGGUAAGUGUUCUGUUUUUCAGACUCUUUCAUCUUUAGCGUAUGUAACCACAUUUCCUUCUUUCAUAUCUGAUAAACCUGACUAAGAUAAACCAUCAUGUAGAUUCUGUUGGAGACUGUAGGAAUG